AUGUCCGGAAAGAUAUGCGCUGAAGUUUUCUACGAAUUCUGGCCAUGGGUGUCGACCAUCGCCGUUUUGUCGGUCGACAAAUUUACCGGAUUCUUCGACUGGCUCUUUGCCCGUGCUGAGCGCCUAAAGAUACUCGACAUCCGCAACUAUGUGAUGAACUCCUUCCUUAUUCUCUACAUAAUUCUUCCUGCAUUGUUUAUCAUCUACAUUUAUUUAUCCGUUCUUGCUCUUCAUCUUUACCGCUGGCAUCGGGGCCAGCUUCUCAACGUCGUCCGAAGGGAUGAUACCCCGCUUCGAAAGUUCGUCAAUGUCAUUUGUUACUGCUGGUCGGUUCACGCUCGCCUCUGGCAUUCUUAUGAAGUCAUCGGCUUUGAAAAUAUAAUCAAGCUUCAGCAACAAAACAAGGGGCUGCUGAUUGUCUACUACCACGGCGCAUUACCAAUCGACGUUUACUACCUCAACUCCUGGUCGCAUGUCAACCAUUCCAUCGCUCUUCGCCCCGUCGUUGACCACUUCAUGUUCAAGCUACCAGGCUUUCGACUCUUGUUAGACGCGUUCGGAGCUACUUACGGUCCUCGAAGCCGUCUGGAAGAGCUCCUCAGCGAUGGGGAAAUCGUCAUUGUGUCUCCUGGUGGCGUUCGAGAAGCGCUCCAUUCAAAACACUACCAGCAAAUUUGGGGAAAACGUGAUGGAUUUGCCAAAUGCGCUUCAGCAGCUCAAGUACCAAUAGUCCCCAUGUUUACUGAAAACGUUCGCCAAGCGUUCGACUUCCCCGACAGAUUCAAAGGUGCAACAAUGCGAAGGCUCUAUGAGUACACAAGACUUCCUAUUUCUCUUUUAUUCGGCGGCUUUCCGGUCAAGCUGAAGACUUACAUCGGCGAUCCAAUCGAAACGAUUGGAAAAACAGUUGAUGAAAUUCGAAUGGAAACUCAAUAUGCGAUCGAAGAUUUAAUAAAAAAGCACCAAUGUUACAGGAAUGAUUGGUGGACAGGCCUGCUCUUCUCGCUAAAGCAACGCUUGGUGAACUGA